AUGAGCGUAGGUCUAACUAUUAAUUUUCAAUAUAUUGCGGAAAAUAUACAAUCGUACAUCGAUCAGGGAACCCUUUUUGAUAUUUUUGACGAAGAGGAUAUCCCUAAAAUAUUAGAACAAACAUCUAUUAACACAAAUGAUUUCAGUAUUCUUCUUUCUCAAGGCCAAACAAAAUAUAAAGCUGAAAAGCUUUAUUACUUUGUUCGAAUGUGCAAUGUUUCUGUUAAUUCAUAUGAAGACGUUCUUAAUGUUCUCAAUAUAUACAAAAAUAUUCUAGAACUUGGAUCUUCUAGUAGCUUAAUUGAUUAUUUACAGAAUCAUAAAACGGAACACAGUACAAAUCCCCAAGAAGUUGCAAAUUUGCAAUCCGAAAUCCAAACUUUAAAAAACAAGAUCAUGAAUCUUGAAAAUGAAGCUAAUCAAUUGAAACAAGAGAAUACUGCAUACAAAAACGAAGCUUCGAAUUUCAAAAACGAAAUAUCAAAUCUUACAAUCAACAAUAAAGAAUUUGGAAGCAAAAUAAGUAAUUUAGAGAGCAGAAUAACCAAUUUGAAGAAUAACAAUGAACAAUUUCAAAACGAUAACAAUAUUUUAAAGAGAGAAAUAAUCAGUCUGAAGAAUAAUAAUGGACAAUUUCAAAGUGAAAACAAUAUUUUAAAGAGAGAAAUAAUCGGUCUGAAGAAUGACAAUGGACAAUUUCAAAACGAAAACAAUAAUUUAAAGAGAGAAAUAUCUAAUCUGAAGAAUAACAAUGAACAAUUUCAAAGUGAAAACAGUAUCUUAAAGAGAGAAAUAUCCAAUCUGAAGAAUAACAGUGAUCGAUUUCAAAGUGAAAACAAUAUUUUAAAGAGAGAAAUAUCCAAUCUGAAGAAUUUUAAUGAAAAAUUAACUAUAUAA